AUGGACAGUGAGGUACUGAGAGAUGGAGGGAUCUUGGAUUCGAUUGAUGGUGCUUGGCGAGAAGACAAGCUGCCAUAUGAGGAUGAUGUAAUACCACUGAAUGAGCUUCCUGAACCUGAACAAGACAAUGGUGGCACCACAGAAUCUGUUAAAGAACAAGAAAUGGAGUGAACUGACUUAGCCUUAUAAUAACUCCGUGAGAACGUUCUCCCCAUAGGAAACAUCUGGCUCCUUUUUCAUGGAUAG